GCAGCCGGACGAGUCUUCAGUUUAUUUUAAAAAACUUGUUUGUACAUGCGCGAAGUUUUGAAAAUCAGGUCGAAAAGCAAAUGGAUCAAACGCUUUUUUUCCAGAGCGAGGAGAAAAGAGUAUAAUUUAGUGGUUAACUGAUGUCUUCUUCUUGUGACAAACGGGUUCAAGUCAAAAUUGAAGUUGGUCAUCAGUCUGUAUGCAAGAAUGUAGUAACACCAACUGGCUUCACACAUGAUUGGAAUAUUUUUGUACGUGGUGCUGAAGGAAAUGAUAUUUCUCAUUUUGUUGAAAAAGUUGUGUUUUUAUUACAUGAAAGUUUUCCCAAACCAAAAAGAGUAUGCAAAGAACCACCUUAUAAAGUUGCUGAGUCAGGAUACGGAAGUUUUACUCUACCAGUUGAAAUUCAUUUUCGUAAUAAUAAAGAAGAACCACGCAAAUAUCGCUUAGAUUAUGAUUUAUUCUUACAAUUAUUAGGUAAACCGCCAGUAAACCAUAUUAAAGUUGAAGCAUUAACGUUUUUGAACCCAUCAGAUGAUUUUGAAGCUAAACUUUUGCGUGGAGGUGCAUGUAUCCUACCACCAGUGACAAGUUCUUUAGGUUCUGUAACGAAAUCUGAAACUCAAGUUUCAAAAAGUAUUGCAUCUCCAUCUCUAGACUUUGUUGCUAAUAGUCAAAGUAAAUCAUCUAUGAACGCAACAAAAACCCCAAAACAAAACUUACAACAAUCUCUAAGCAUAAAGCGACAAUUGCACCCUGAUGAUGAAACAAAGUUAAAAAAAAAGAAACUUGAAAAAUCUGAUGUUGGAAUGCAAAAUGUCAAGCCCCCAAAAGAUGUUCCAAUUUUAUCGAAACCAAUUUUGUUGAAUGCUAAUUGUUCUGAAACAAGUGAUGUUCAAAAAAGCAAAAAUUUUCAACAGACUCACAAAAAACCAAAAGAAGUUAAAAAAGAAGUACAAUCAACAAAUAGUAAUUCAACUACCAGUAAACCUAAAGAACACAAAUAUAGAGGAAAAGAAUUAAAAACAAAAAAAGAAAAGACUUCUGAGCCUCUACAAUCUUUAAAAGAUGAUUUGCCAAAACUACCAAAGUUGUUAUUUACACGAACACCUGAUGAUGUUUAUAUUAAAAAGCCAUCAGCAACAACUACUGGAGUUUCUAGUAAUGGAGGUAACACAACAAUUGUUAAUCAUUCAUUAAAUCAUGAACCUGCAAUGCAGAUUGAAUGCAAAAGUGCUCUUUUGACUGACAAUAAUCUAGAUGACCAUAGCUCUGAUGAUGGUAUUCAUGCAGAUCUUUCAAGUGACUUAACAAAAAUAAUAAAAAAUGAAAUAUCAGUUUCAGCGACAACUCAGCCCCAUUCUUCUGAAAGUUCUCAUACACAUAUUUCAAAACCAAAGAAAUCAAAAGUUCAUAAAUCUAUCCUUAAUGAUACUGAAAACAUAACUCCAAAAAAAGAAAUUGCAAAAAUGAGAGUAACAGAUGUUGGGAAGACACUACCCAAAUCUUUGCCAGUUUCAAAUGAUUUAUAUGAAUUGUACAAAGCUCUUAACAAUUGUCAAGAUGAUGAUAAAUUACAGAGAAUUGUUGAUAUUGUUGAGGAGUCUGGACAUUUUGACAUUACAUCAACAACAUUUGAUUUUAAUUUACUGUCGUUAGAUCAUGAAUCAAUAACGCUGUUAAAACAGCUCAUUCUUUCAUAGUUUUAUUUUUAUAUAUAUAUAUUUUGUUAAAAAGACAUUUGUGUUUAAAUUUUUAAGAUAUUUUUUAUUUAUUAUAGAAGCCAAUGUGAAUAUAUUAAAAUAUUUGUUACUUGUAUAAAGAGUUCAUUCUAUGAUAUUAUCCUACCAAAGCAAGUUUUGGUAUGACCAAAAAUUUUUAGAAAGUACUUAUUUAAUUAUUAUAUGGCUUUUGAACAGUUUUCGGUUGUCUCAGUAUCAUGGUCAAUUUGACAAGUUGAGCAUAUUUUAUAUGUAUAUGAUUUGUUAUUUCAAGUAUUACUAUACAGAUUUAUAUCCCAGUCCUCAUUUUGUAGCUUUGUUAAAGGCUUCUUUGUUUUUAUC